AUGAAGCUCACAUCGCAAGCAGAAGGUGCUGACCCGAUUCUCACGCGUGCCAUCGCAGAGGACAAGGUCCGGUGGUGGAAGAAACCAAACUUGAGAUAUCUGUAUCUGUUCUUGUUCCCAACAUGCAUGGGGAUUGAAAUCACUUCUGGCUUCGACAGUCAAAUCAUCAAUGCGGUGCAGAUUGUCGAUCCAUGGCAAGAGUACUUUGAUCAUCCUGAGGGCGCGAUUUUAGGCAUCAUAGGAGCAAUGUACAGUCUGGGAGCAAUCUGCUCUCUUCCUUUCAUCCCUUGGGUAACACAGAAAUUCGGUCGUCGUUGGUCCAUCUUCCUUGGCUCCUGGGUCAUGGUCCUUGGAGCCGCCGUUCAAAGUGCUUCUCAACACGUUGGAAUGUACCUUGCCGCUCGCUGGCUCCUAGGUUUUGGCAUUCCGAUCUGUAUCAUUUCUGGAGCAGCCAUGCUUGGAGAGCUAGGCUAUCCAAAGGAAAGACCGAUUCUCACAAGUCUAUUCAACGCGAGUUACUUCAUCGGAGCAAUCACAGCCGCUGGCAUCACUUUCGGAACACAAAGCCUGGCACCCAGCGAUUGGUCGUGGCGAGUACCAUCUCUACUGCAAGCUUUGCCGAGUUUUGUUCAGAUUGCUUUGAUUUUCUUCGUCCCCGAAUCCCCUCGCUGGCUCAUAUCCCAAGACCGCCGCGAAGAAGCGUACGAGAUCCUCAUCAAAUACCACGCCGAAGGCAACCGCGACUCCGCCCUCGUCCACGCGGAAAUGGCACAAAUCGAAAAUACAAUCAAAAUGGAACUCCAAACUUCAAAGCAAUCCUGGCUCGAUAUGCUCGCUACUCCCGGUAUGCGAAAGCGUGUCCUCAUUGGGUCUCUUCUCGGCCUCUUUACGCAAUGGUCAGGCAACACCCUCAUCAGCUACUACCUCAAUUCGAUCCUCGAAAGCAUCGGCUACACAGAUUCAUCAUUCAAAGCCAAGCUAAACAUUGGACUUAAUUGCUGGGCUCUGGUGAAUGCUACUUGCGCCUCAUUGCUUGUGCGGAGGUUCCCCAGGAGGAAAAUGUAUCUCCUCUGCGCGAGCUCUUUGCUGGUUUGCUACUGUGGCUGGACAAUCGCGCAAGAGAGGUUCUUGACUACUGGAGCAAUUGCGGCGGGACAUGCCGUGAUUUUCUUCAUGUUUUUGUAUUCGCCGUGUUAUAACAUUGGGUAUAAUGCUUUGACGUAUACAUUCCUCGUUGAGCUCUUCCCAUUCGCGGUUCGGACUAGAGGUAUCGCCCUCUUUCAAUUCUUCGGCAGAGGUGCGGGCUUCUUCAGCACUUUUGUCAACCCGAUCGGACUUAAAAAUGCAACUUGGAAGUACCUUAUCAUGUACUGUGUCUGGCUGGCAUUCGAGGUCGUUUGCAUUUACUUCUUGUGGCCGGAGACACAUGGCAGGACUUUGGAAGAGUUGACUUUCUUGUUCGAAGAUAAGGCUUUGCAAGAGCAGCAAGAGAAGAUUACUAUGACUGAGCUGCAGAAGGAUACUUCGGUCGAGCGUGUCGAGGUGGUAGAGAUGAAGUCGUGA